AUGAACUCAAUAGGUAGUUGGCUUCUUGAGCGGAGCGAUGGCAUCAUCGUUGAGGUUGAAAAACCCGGUGUCGCAGUCAUUAUUGGAAGGGACAAGUCAUUGCCAGUUGCACAGCGGCUGGAUAGUAGGUACAUUUCCAGGCAACAUCUAUCUGUAGAGUGGAAGCCACCCUCUCUCUUUGUGCGGCAUAUUGGGAGGAAUCCAACAUUUCACUCGAUGGAGUUUCUCCCGGUGCCAGGCUGUGACGCGACGAGCGACGGGUUGGAGUUCCGCCCACGUACUGAUAGUGAUGAUGAUACAACAAAACUUGAUGCAUAUGUCAGUUUAAGUGGUAAAAAUGUUGUUCUUGUGCAAAGUGAAAUUAGGGAGAAGCAUCGGCCUCUUCUUGGUAGUGGUCGAAGUGAUAUUGGGGUGUCCACACUUCACUUCCCUGAAGAAUUAGGGUUGCCCCAAUUUACCGUGCGACACAUUCUUUCUGGCUCUAACGAAGGGGAGACCGUUCACAGUGGAAAGAUACCCAGUGUUCCUCAAAAUUACCUUUCUUAUUGUGAUAGUGAUGAGGAGGAUGAAGAAGGGCAAAAAGGAAAUGAGAGAAGAAUUGGCACCGCCAGAGGUUGGAAGGGUAUCCUUGAUAGCGUUCUUGUGGAAAAGCAGAAACAGCAACAAGAUGAGAAGGAGAAAGAGGUAGAAGAGCAAAAAAAGAAAGAAGAGCUGACACAUCAUUUAAGCAAUAUCGGUACAUCGUCUGAAUCCUUAAUAAAUAGGCAAAAGACGCCUCCAGCGAUGCCAAUGGGGCAGUCUGAUGUUCCUGAGCAAAGGGCCAGCAAGAGCGGUGACACCACCACCACCACCACCACCACCAAAUCAACAACAAAAGAACCUCGGCAUAGCGAAUCCACGCACAACAAGGAUAAAGACAGCCAGAGCGGAGCUUCUCUGACGAAAAUGGGAUCCUGGGAGUGGAAAAGCAAGGCAAACGGGAGAGACGAUGAUCCACGAGCCUGGAGCCCAUACCCCCGGGCAGUGGCGGAGCUGCUUGAAGCAGCAUAUCGUGAAGGGAAAGUUGUUGUGGAAAUUCCCGACACUCUCAUGUUCGGCAACACAGCUGGCAAAGGCAAGGGGGGAAUUUUCUACAGCAUUUGUUUGGGUGAGGCGUCCCUCAAGGGGGCGAUGAUACAGUUUCAAAGGGAGAACAAACACAAGUACCGUCUGGUCCGACGGCGUGGGGGAAGCACUGUUGAUCGCAGGGGUGUUUCCAAUAUCCACAUCCUUCGAGAUGACGGUGACGAAGAUACAGAGGAGGAGGAGGAAGAAGAGGACGAGGACGAGGACGAGGACGAAUCGUCCAGCGAGGAAUCCUAUACUGAGGAAUCUUCCUCGUCUUCUGAGGCGGUUGGGAGAAAGCGAAGACGGCGGUAG